GUCCGGCUGACACGCUACAGUUCGGCAUCAAUAAACGUUGUCUGUUCCACCCUGGCAUCCGGCUGAUACGCUACAGUUGGCGACGAGGAAGCGGCGGCGAUGGCCGUCGGCAGGAUCGGCGAGUAUCAUCUCGGCACAAACGCGUCAUGGGACCAAUACGUCGAGAGGCUAGAAAUGUUCUGCGAAGCUAACAAGAUAGCGAAAGAAGAACAGAAAAGAGCUGUCCUGCUGAGUUGUUGCGGCAAAGAAGCGUACGGGCUCAUCGUGACUCUGGUGAAGCCAGCAAGACCGACAACAGCAACCUACGAGGAAAAUAAGACGGUGGUUCGCAAGCACCUGCAUCCAAGGCCUUCAGAGCUAUACGCAAGGUUUUUGUUCUACAAGAGAAACGAGGCUGCCAAGGAAUCAGUUGCGGACGACGUCACGGCGCUUCAGAAGCUAGCCGAAGACUGCGGUUUUGGCGACGUGCAGCUCCCGUUGGACAUCAUGAUGCGAGAUCGUUUCGUAUGCGGCCUCCAGAACGAAGCAGUUCAACAGCCACUUCUCGCAGAACACGACCUUACGUUCAACGUUGUGUACGACAUGGCCGCGACCGCAGAAGCGACAGCCAAGCAACGACGAGACACACGGAUGCACGGCCAAGACGAGGUGAAGGACUGCCAGGGCAUGAUACAAGCAACCCGCACGAAGCAAGACGUCACGGCAGAGGGAUCUAGUUGCUACCGUUGCAACGGUAAGCACGCUACGCAUUUAUGCAGUUUUAUAAAAGCGGCAUGCUUUAAAUGCAAAAGGGUUGGACAUAUUGCGAGGGCUUGUCGUUCAAAAGACGAAAGUAAAGCGGCCCGGAAGACGCCUGAGCAAAAGAGGAAAGUUGAAAAGAGCAAGGGCGUGUACGAAAUGAGUGCAUUGUUUUCACUUUGCGAAGUGAAUGAGCAAGAACAGAAGUUUAUGGUUAAAGUACAGAUACAAGGACAAGAAGUCCCGAUGGAGGUUGAUUCCGGAGCAUCGUGCUCAAUUGUGAGUGAAGAUACAUUUAGAGUAAUCGAGAGAAAUCGGGGUGAAAUACCACUCCAAGAUUCUGGAACAACUCUCGUAAUCUGGUCAAAGGAGGCGUUACCACUGCUGGGUCGAGCAACCGUCUUGGUAGAAUUCAAGGGCCGGAAGGCAAAGCUGCCGUUGUUGGUAGUAAAGAAUCGAGGCAACAGCCUGAUUGGGCGAAACUGGUUUAGGCCGUUAGGCAUUUGCUUGCGGGGAAUCGAGCAAGUAAGCGCGGAAGACGUGCCCUCACGAUUUUCCAAGGUGUUUCGCAGGGACCUUCCUGGCUUCAACGGACCACCAAUUCACAUCGAACUGAAAGACGACGCUCAACCAGUGUUUCUCAAAAGUCGACCAGUUCCUCUUGCCCUCAAGGACGAUGUGGGCAAGGAAGUGGAUCGCUUGGUGCAACAAGGGGUAUGGGAACCCGUCGCGUACUCCAACUGGGCCACGCCACUGGUAGUGGUAAGAAAAAAAGACGGAACUUUACGCCUGUGCGGUGACUACCGUAGCACCGUAAACAAAGCUAUUAAAUGCAGCGGGUAUCCUUUGCCCACUACCGCUGAAAUGCUCGCAGCUCUGGGUUCAAGCAAAUUUUUUACAAAGCUAGAUCUAGCUCAAGCUUAUCAACAGCUAAUGCUAGACGACAAAUCGGCUGAAGUGCUCACAGUUAACACGAUAAAGGGACUGUACAAAGUCAAACGGCUACCGUUUGGAAUUUCGGUGGCACCAUGGGUAUUUCAACGAGUCAUUGAUAUUGUUAGCAGGCAUUCCCGGCGUGAAAGCCUAUCUUGAUGAUAUCUUGAUUUCUGGCCGUAACGCGGAAGAGCACGCCGAGAGAUUAAAAACAGUACUAUCGCGUCUGCAGAAUGCGCAGUUAAGAGUAAACAAAGACAAGUGCGAAUUCAACAAGCCGAGCAUUGAAUUCUUGGGUCACAGGAUUCACGCCACGGGAAUACAUCCGAGCCGAAGCAAGACUGACGCCAUCCAUAAAGCGCCCGCACCCAUAAG